AUGGGACAAUGGCAGCAGAAUCGGGCUUUUCUCUUCAGUCACCCAAGGACAGCAUCUAACCUGUUGACACGGAUGCUGUCUGCACAGCCGGAUUGGCAGGUGUCCGACUAUCUAUUCUUCGAUGCGUUCCAGUACACUCGAGACGCUUUUUGGGGUGUAGACUUGGACGACGCACCUGUAUCGGCCAGGCAAGAACACGACAAACUCAUGGAUCAAGGCCACGAGCGACUCGGUGAGGUUCUGUGCUCAUCAUUGGCAGAUCGCAAACAUCUCCUACUGAAAGACCACGCGCAUCUUGUGCAGCCAGUAGAGACAACCUACGAUGAUACGGAGACUGCUCCAACAGCACAGCUGAACUCCACAAUCGGAAGCUAUGCGCAAACAUGGCGCACGAAUCCAACAGUGUUUUCGGACAGCUUAAUGCUGUCCUGGACGCCAAUCAUCUUGAUCCGCAACCCAAUACUGAUCUUCGAAAGCUGGCUACGAGCAGAAGGCGACCCAUAUCCCGACCUCGAAUCGCAAUAUGCCAACAUUUACACAACGCUUCGCUUCCAACGCUAUAUCUUUGACUGGUACGCAUCUCACCCAGACACACCCCUUGAACCCAUCGUAUUGGAUGCGGACGAUGUCAUUGAGCGGCAGCAUGUGGUCGAGAAACUUUGUGACGCUAUUGGCAUGGACAAGGAAAAAUUGCUCUAUACUUGGGAAUCCACUCCCAUGCCAGCGAAAUUCCAGGCGAAUGAAAGGUUCAAACGCUUUCUGCAAUCGAUACAGAACUCUACUGGGGUCGAUCGGAGCAAGGUCUCGGGGAAUGUUACGCUUGAUGAUAGAGAAGAACAAUGGCGGGAGACGUUUGGCUGGGACAGAGCACUUACGCUUGCGAGAAGGGUGAGAGAGUCGUGGCCGGACUACGAGUAUCUGCACUCUAUGCGUCUUCGCUGA